CUUGUCUCGCGCAAAACCUCCGUCGAAGAAGAAAAAGGCGGAAGUUAGCAACGCUGCGAGACAAAGGGUGAAGGCGCCGAAGUGUAACCCGGUGAAAAACGUUGAAAAUGUUGAAAGAGUUGGUGAAGGAGAGACUAAUGGCGGCGGCUGAUGAAAUAUUCGCGCUGUUUGAAAGAACGAUAGCGUCCUACGAGGAGGAACUUUGUCGAACGAGAGAGGAGAAGGAGCGACAUCGACGACAACUGGAAGCUGUUUGCAAGAACCAAAUUGCUCUACAAACCAAAAACGUUCAGCAUCUGAUUGGUUGUCAGGAAGAACGUCAGCAACGAGGCGGUAUCUCCACUCCAAAGCAGCCUCCCCACGUUAAAGAGGAAGAGGACGAACUAUGGACAACUCAGGAGGGAGAACGUCUUCAAGGGGAGGAGGAGUCUGAUCUCACCAAGUUGCCUCUGACUCUUUUGUCCGAGAAGACUCAAGACUAUGAAGACAAAACGCCUGAGUCAUCACGUUGGUUUUAUGCUUCAGACGUCCGGAAAAAACGCCCCCCUCAGCCACAGGCUCCACGGCCCCCGUACUUUAAAGAAGAAGACGAGGAACUCCGAAUCACUGAGGAUGGAGAAUGCCUUCUCAGGUCGGAGGAGGCUGAUCUCACUGUCGUCACUGUGAAGAUUGAAGACCACGAAGACAAACCACCUGAGUCCUCACAGCUUCAUCACAGUCCAAGUGAGGAGAACAGAGGGGCGGAGCCACAACACAUGACAACAGAAGCUGAUGGAGACCACCGUGGAGGAUCACAAUCACACAACCUCUUAGCUCCGCUAUCAGAUAGCGACGACGUAACGUCACACUCUCCAAAGGAUGAAGACGGGUACGACAUCCAAGAGCCUUUGAGCAGCGAUACGGACGGUGAAGAUGAUAUGAGGACUCACACCGACAACAAAGACUCUGAAUGCUCUGAGAAGAAGACGGAUAAAAAAAGUGUGACCUGCUCCGUUUGCGCUAAAAGCUUUUCUGUUAAGAGUGACUUUUCUCGACACAUGAGAACGCACACAGGAGAAAAACCUUUCAGUUGCUCAGUUUGCGGGGAUAAAUUUGCCCUCAGGUCCACUUUGAAGAGACACAUGACGACGCACACGGGGGAAAAAUCCUUCACUUGCUCAGUUUGUGGCGAUAAAUUUGCUCUGGGGUCCACUUUGAAGAGACACAUGACCACGCACACGGGAGAGAAACCUUUCCUUUGCUCGGUUUGUGGGGAUAAGUUUGCUCAGCGCUCCACUUUGAAGACGCACAUGACGACUCACACCGGAGAGAAACCCUUUUGUUGCUCAGUUUGCGGCGAAAGAUUCUCUCGCAAGCCGUAUUUUAUGAGGCACAUGAGAACACACACCGGCGAUAAACCCUUUAGUUGCUCCGUUUGCGAGAAAAGAUUCUCUGAGAAAAGUAAUAUGGUAUCGCACAUGAGGACUCACACGGGAGAGAAACCUUUCAGCUGCUCAAUUUGUGGUGAUACAUUUUCAUGGAAGUCCUCUUUAAAAAGUCACUUGCAGAGUCACUGAGGGUUUACGUGUUCCAGCAUGUUGCUUCUUUUGGCGUCAUGUUAACAAAAUAAAUACAUU